CGCCGCCGCGGGAGUAAAGGUCGCGCCGGCCGAGAGCGAGCCGGCCGCGGCGCCUCCAGGAAGCCGGUGGGGCAGGUCGGGGAAGAGAGAAAAGAACCGAGAAACUCUCGGGCAGCCCGGGAAGAUGGCGCCAGACGGGCCGGCCGUGGACUGAGAGCCGCCGGGGCCGCGAGGAGCCGGGACCCGCCGCCCCCGGGACACGAGCGAGGGCCGCCCGCUGGCCACGGGGUCCGGGCUCGGCUCGGCCCGGCCCGCGUGGGUCAUGUCGGUCAGCGAGCUCUACAGCCAGUACACAAGGGUCUGGAUCCCUGACCCCGAUGAAGUGUGGCGCUCGGCUGAAUUAACCAAGGACUACAAGGAGGGUGAGAAGAGCCUCCAGCUCCGACUGGAAGAUGAAACUAUUCGGGAAUACCCCAUUGAUGUCCAAAGCAACCAGCUUCCCUUCCUGCGGAAUCCAGAUAUCCUGGUGGGAGAAAAUGACCUAACUGCCCUUAGCUAUCUACAUGAGCCUGCAGUUUUGCAUAAUUUGAAGGUCCGUUUCCUGGAGUCCAACCAUAUCUACACUUACUGUGGGAUCGUGCUUGUUGCCAUUAAUCCUUAUGAACAGUUGCCAAUCUAUGGUCAAGAUGUCAUCUAUGCCUACAGUGGCCAAAACAUGGGGGAUAUGGACCCUCACAUCUUUGCUGUGGCCGAGGAAGCCUACAAGCAGAUGGCCAGAGAGGAGAAGAACCAGUCCAUCAUAGUCAGCGGGGAGUCUGGAGCCGGCAAGACCGUGUCAGCCAAGUACGCCAUGCGCUAUUUCGCCACGGUUAGUGGCUCGGCCAGUGACACCAACAUCGAAGAGAAGGUCCUGGCGUCCAGUCCCAUCAUGGAGGCCAUUGGGAAUGCUAAAACCACUCGCAACGACAACAGUAGCCGUUUCGGAAAGUACAUUCAGAUUGGCUUUGACAAGAGGUUCCGCAUCAUUGGGGCCAACAUGAGGACCUACCUUUUGGAGAAGUCCAGAGUGGUCUUUCAGGCAGAUGAUGAGAGGAAUUACCACAUCUUUUACCAGCUCUGCGCGGCUGCCAGUCUUCCGGAAUUUAAAGAGCUCGCACUAACCUGUGCCGAGGACUUCUUCUAUACGUCACAGGGAGGAGACACGUCCAUCGAGGGUGUAGAUGAUGCUGAGGACUUUGAGAAGACUCGACAAGCCUUCACACUCCUUGGAGUGAGAGAGUCCCAUCAGAUAAACAUUUUUAAGAUAAUUGCUUCCAUCCUACACCUUGGAAAUGUGGAGAUUCAAGCCGAGCGCGAUGGUGAAUCCUGUAGUAUAUCACCCGAGGAUGAACACCUGAGCAACUUCUGCCAACUGCUGGGGGUGGAAGAGAGUCAGAUGCAGCACUGGCUGUGCCAUCGCAAGCUGGUCACCACCUCAGAGACCUACAUCAAGACCAUGUCCCUGCAGCAGGUGGUCAAUGCGCGCAAUGCCCUGGCCAAGCACAUCUACGCCCAGCUGUUUGGCUGGAUAGUGGGGCACAUCAACAAGGCCCUGCACACCCCCCUCAAGCAGCACUCCUUCAUCGGGGUCCUGGACAUCUACGGGUUUGAGACAUUUGACGUGAACAGCUUUGAGCAGUUUUGUAUCAACUAUGCGAAUGAGAAGCUCCAGCAACAGUUCAACUUGCAUGUUUUCAAGUUGGAGCAAGAGGAAUACAUGAAGGAGCAGAUCCCUUGGACCUUGAUUGAUUUUUAUGAUAACCAACCUUGUAUUGACCUCAUAGAAGCUAAGCUGGGCAUCUUGGACCUGUUGGAUGAAGAAUGUAAGGUCCCCAAAGGAACUGACCAGAACUGGGCUCAGAAGCUCUACGACCGGCACUCCGGCAGCCAGCACUUCCAGAAACCCCGCAUGUCCAACACAGCCUUCAUCGUCGUCCACUUUGCAGAUAAGGUGGAGUACCUUUCAGAUAGUUUUCUGGAGAAAAACAGAGACACGGUGUACGAAGAGCAGAUCAACAUUCUGAAGGCCAGCAAGUUCCCCCUGGUGGCUGACUUGUUCCAUGAUGGCACAGACUCUGCUCCUGCUGCCACCACAUCUUCAAAGAUCAGCGUUCGCUCUGCCAGGCCCCCCCUGAAAGCCUCCAACAAGGAGCACAAGAAAACCGUGGGCCACCAGUUCCGCACCUCCCUGCACCUGCUCAUGGAGACCCUGAACACCACAACGCCGCACUAUGUCCGCUGCAUCAAGCCCAACGACGAGAAGCUCCCCUUCCGCUUUGACCCGAAGAGAGCAGUGCAGCAGCUCCGAGCGUGCGGGGUGUUGGAGACCAUUCGGAUCAGCGCAGCUGGCUACCCGUCCAGGUGGGCCUACCAUGACUUCUACAACCGGUAUCGGGUGCUGGUCAAGAAGAAGGAGCUCGCCAACACAGACAAAAAGGCCAUCUGCAAGUCUGUGCUGGAGAGCCUCAUUAAGGAUCCUGACAAGUUCCAGUUUGGCCGCACCAAGAUCUUCUUCCGGGCAGGCCAGGUGGCCUACCUGGAGAAGCUUCGGGCUGACAAGUUCCGGGCAGCCACCAUCAUGAUCCAGAAAACCGUCCGGGGCUGGCUGCAGAAGGUGAAAUACCGCAGGUUGAAGGCAGCUACCUUAACUCUGCAGAGGUACUGCCGAGGACACCUGGCCCGCAGGCUGGCCGAGCAUCUGCGGAGGACCCGGGCGGCCGUGGUGCUCCAGAAGCAGUACCGCAUGAGGAGGGCUCACCAGGCCUACCAGAGGGUCCGCAGGGCCACCGUCGUCAUCCAGGCCUUCGCUCGGGGCAUGUUUGCACGGAGAAUCUACCACCAGGUCCUCAGGGAGCACAAGGCCACCAUCAUCCAGAAGCACGUGCGGAGCUGGAUGGCUCGCAGGUGCUUCCAGCGGCUUCGGGGCGCGGCCAUUGUCAUCCAGUGCGGCUUCCGGAGGCUCAAGGCCAAGCAGGAGCUGAAGGCCCUCAAGAUUGAGGCCCGCUCAGCAGAGCACCUAAAACGCCUCAACGUGGGCAUGGAGAACAAGGUGGUCCAGCUGCAGCGGAAGAUCGACGACCAGAACAAAGAGUUCAAGAUGCUGUCGGAGCAGCUGUCAGCCAUCACCUCCACACACGCCACGGAGGUAGAGAAGCUGAAGGAGGAGCUGGCCUGCUACCAGCAGAGCCAGGGUGGGGACAGCAGCCCGCAGCUGCAGGAGGAGGUCGAGAGCCUGCGGACAGAACUGCAGAGGGCCCACUCGGAGCGUAAGGUCCUGGAGGACGCCCACACCCGGGAGAAGGAUGAGCUGAGAAAGAUGUAA